AUGGAUGAUUGCAAUCCAAGUACUUCAGCCUCAUACUUUCACAGAAUUUCUUCAGAAAUCUAUACAAGUGAUAGUGAAAAGGGUUUUGCAAUUGAUCCUCACUCUUCUGGUUCACCUGAAUUAGAUGCAGGAGCAAAGUUUGUUCUUGUAUCUCAUGGAUCAUGGUUACACUGUGGUUAUCAUUUGACAACAUCUAUUGUUAGACCUGUGAUUCUUACACUUCCAUUUACAUUCACUCUUCUGGGUUGGUUUGGAGGAAUGAUUUGGUUGAUUCUUGUAGGAGUUAUCACAUUCUAUUCGUAUAAUCUUUUAUCUCUUGUCUUAGAACAUCAUGCUCAGCUCGGUCGUCGCCAGCUUAGAUUUCGAGAUAUGGCUAGAGAUAUUUUAGGACCUAGAUGGGCAAGAUACUACAUAGGGCCUCUUCAAUUCAUCAUAUGCUUUGGGACAGUAAUUGGCGGUCCUCUUGUUGGAGGAAAGAGUCUCAAGUUCAUUUAUCAACUCUAUCAUCCAGAAGGAGCAAUGAAGCUUUACCAAUUUAUCAUUAUAUGUGGAGUUGUAACAAUGGUUUUGGCUCAACUUCCAUCUUUUCACUCCUUGAGACACAUUAAUCUGAUUUCUCUGAUUCUCUGUGUGACUUAUGCAACGUGCCUAACGGUCGGUUCGAUAUACGUCGGUCACUCGAAAGACGCACCGCCGAGACAUUAUUCUAUAAAAGGCUCUCAUACAGAUAAACUCUUUGGUGUCUUCAAUGGCAUUUCAAUCAUAGCUACAACAUACGCUAGUGGAAUCAUUCCAGAAAUUCAGGCAACUUUGGCACCUCCUGUGAAAGGAAAAAUGUUCAAAGGACUAUGUGUUUGUUAUUCUGUUAUAUUAGCUACAUAUUUCAGUGUGGCUAUUUCUGGUUAUUGGCCAUUUGGAAAUGCAGCUGGUGCAACAGUUCUUGCUAACUACAUUGGGGAAACAAAGCUAUUAUUACCAAAAUGGUUUUUCUUGAUGACGAAUAUACUCAUCCUUCUUCAAGUGUUCAGAUUAACUGCGGUAUAUUUGCAACCAACAAAUGAACUAUUUGAGACAAUUUUCGGAGAUCCGAAAAAAGGACAGUUUUCGAUGCGAAAUGUUGUGCCGAGGGUACUGUCAAGGUCAAUAUCAGUUGCAGCAGCCACAGUUUUCGCAGCUAUGUUGCCAAUUUCUGCCAUCAGAAUGAGUGACAAAUCCACCGGAACAGUGGUGGUUACCACCGCCACUACUACUCAACAACCACAACAAGAAGUAGUUGAAACGCCCAAGAAUCCAUUCAUCCCUUUCUUCCGCAAUUUCAGUUUCAACUUCAAACUCCCCUCCUUUUUUCUUCCCACCAAAACGCCACCAUCAUCAGCUUCAUCAUCAGGGUGA